AUGUCGAAGGAGCUCUUCAACACUCAUUUGACAGUAGGAUCCAUCAGGCUUUGUCAAGUAGACGUCCCAGUGUGCACCAAACUGAAACACAGAAGUGAAGCAGCUGAGUUGGUUUUCCUCUAUACCUUAAUAGUAAGCCAAGAGUGGAUUCAGGGUCGAAUCAUAGGAGGCUAUGCCCCACCACCACACUCCAUCAAGUACAUGGUAUCCAUCCAAAGCACCUCAGGACAGCACUUCUGUGGGGGCACUUUAAUCAACAAGUACUGGGUUCUAACAGCCGCUCAUUGUGACGUGGGGGUUGAGCACAUGAUGAUUAUAGCUGGAGACUACUCACUCAGCAUGUAUGAGGGCACUGAACAGUUCUACAGGCCGUAUCUCCUUAUACCUCAUCCAGAUUACAACAAAACUACACACAAUGCUGACAUCAUGCUCAUUAAACUACGGGCUCCCGUGGUUCCGAACAACUACGUGUCCAUCGCCCCCCUGCCCCGUCAAGAUGCCCUCGUGGCUGAGGGUCGGGUGUGCCGGGUGUCCGGAUGGGGCCGCACCAGCCCCGCUGGCGGGCAGAUACCCUCUGUCCUCCGCACGGUCAAGCUGCCCGUCGUCCCCACCGCCCGGUGCAACAGCAGCGACUCCUUCAACGGCAGCAUCACAGAGAACAUGAUCUGCGCAGGAUACAGCACCGGGGGCAAGGAUGCCUGCAAGGGUGACUCAGGUGGCCCGCUUGUGUGCGAGGGCCGUGUCUAUGGCAUCGUGUCCUGGGGAGAGGGCUGUGCUGAUCCCAGGUAUCCAGGGGUCUACACCGCCGUGUCAAGAUACCGCAGGUGGAUAGACCGCAUCAUUUUCAGCUACUACAGCAGGUGUCGCACGUAUUAGACCAAGGCGCGACUGUUUCAGCCACGGUCAAAAUACUGAACUACAACUACUGUAAACCAGCACAACACUUAUUCCUAAUGGCUUGUAGGUUGUGUCCCCAACUUUUUUUGUAAUCUUACUGACAUUCUGGAGGGAGUGCAUCUCUCUCUUUUUAACAAGGUGCCAUAUUCAUACUUGACAACCUCCAUCUGUUCGACAUAACAAGAGUAGAUGGAGUAUUGGAAUCCAUCCAAACACUUACUGUACCACAAACGAUGACCAUGAUGAUGCCAAGAGAGAUUCUAGUGACUUUAAAGUAUUAGUGUUUUGGACUGGGCAUUGAUGACCUUCAAGCUGUCUGAAAGUUUUGUGAAUACA